GUAUUUCUCCCUGAGAAAAACAUGUAUUUUCACUAUCGAUAACCCAGGCACAACAGUUCGUUUCCGAGUGUUCUCGAUUCCUCCAUGUCCUUGGUUCCCAAAACUGAGAAAAACGACGCCCCCGUCGUCGACAUUGAUAGCGACGGCGACGGCGGCGUCACCGUAGCUUCCGUCAUUAAAGAUAAGUUAUCGCAGAUGAUUCCAUCGUCUCAAGUCGAGCUUGUGCAGCAAGAAACCCCUGUCUCGAGUUCCACUCUUUCUGUCUCUGACGGCCGGUUCAGAAGUUUCUGGAAAGCCGGGGAUUACGCUGUUGGUCCCUCUUCGAAGCCCGCUCCCUUUCAAGGUCACUUAGAGCAUGCCCGGGUGCACCCCAAGUUUCUGCAUUCUAAUGCGACUUCCCAUAAAUGGGCUUUUGGAGCAAUUGCUGAGCUAGUGGAUAAUGCUGUGGAUGAGAUUCAAAAUGGUGCAACUUUUGUAAAGAUUGACAAGUUUGGUGUCAAGAAGGAUAAUUCACCUGCAUUAUGUUUCCUAGAUGAUGGUGGUGGAAUGGACCCUAGCUCAAUUCGAAAAUGCAUGAGCUUGGGUUAUUCAUCAAAGAAGUCAAAGACAACAAUAGGACAAUAUGGCAAUGGAUUCAAGACUAGUACCAUGAGACUGGGUGCUGAUGUUAUUGUUUUCAGUAGGGCAAGACAUUCUGGCCGGGCAUCACAAAGUGUGGGUCUACUAUCCUAUACCUUUUUGCGGAGAACUGGGCAAGAUGACGUAGUUGUUCCAAUGAUAGAUUUUGACACAUCUGGCCAUUGGCCUGAACCAAUUGUAUAUAGCUCACAGGAUGAAUGGACAGCGAACUUGAAAACAAUUCUUGACUGGUCUCCGUUCACAUCAAAGGAGGAGCUCAUGCUUCAGUUCGAUGAUAUAGGAUCACAUGGAACCAAAGUUUUAAUAUACAAUUUGUGGUUGAAUGAUGAAGGGAUAUAUGAACUGAGUUUUGAUGAUGAUAUGGAGGAUAUUAUGCUGAGAGAUGAGGCCAGCCAUGGGGCUGAGAAAAAAUUGAACAAAAAAACUGUUCAGCUUCAGUCUCAUAUUUCUUACCGCAUUCGUUAUUCUCUACGGGCAUAUGUUUCGAUGUUGUACCUCAGAAAAUUUUCUAACUUCAAAAUCAUACUAAGGGGUAAACCUGUGGAUCAGUACAACAUAGCAGAUAACUUGAUACAUUCGAAAGUAAUUCCAUAUAGGCCUGUGCUAGCCAUUGCAUCAAAUGAGGCCGCAGCAGAGACAAAGACAACCAUUGGAUUUAUAAAGGAGGCACUUUCUAUUAAGGUUAAUGGAUUUAAUGUGUACCACAAAAAUCGCCUAAUCAAGCCCUUCUGGAAAGUUGUUUCCGAUGGUUCAUCAAAAGGGAGCUGUGUUGUUGGAGUUCUUGAAGCCAAUUUUAUAGAACCAGCGCAUGACAAGCAGGAUUUUGAGAGAUCAGUGCUGUUCAUUCGGUUGGAAAACAAGCUGAAACAAAUGACAAUGGAUUACUGGAAAGGCCACUGUCACUUGAUUGGAUAUCAGCCCCUAGAUUUCAGAUCACAAAAUGUUGUAAAAGAAGCCCAGAUACGAAAAUCAGCUGAGCAUUCAACUAAUCCACAGAAUGAAUUGCCCUCUGACAAACCUGAGCAUCGAAACACCCAGAGUUUAAAUCAAACAAUUGUUGAUCUUGAUGUGACUGGCGUGCAAGAUUUAAGUCACGAGCAACUUGGUAAAAUGGUGGGAACUCUGCAGUCUGUAUCUGUUGAUGAAAUCUGUGCAGAAAACAUAAAACUUUUUGAGAGGUGUGAGGAGUACAGGCUAAAGGAGACACAACUAAAAAAGAUGGUUGUGGACUUGGAGGAGGAAUAUAAAGAAAUCCAGAAAAAAUGUGCCGUUCUUGCUUCACUCUUGGAGACCAAGAGGAAGGCGAAGCGUGUUAAGGGAUGAUGGUUACACUAUACAAGCAUCAUUUCAACAAGAGGCAAGUUGAUUGCGUUUCGUAAUUAACUUUAAAAGUAAUGUCUUAGUGUAAAUGUAGCUGUUUUGAAAUUACUAUGAAAACCUCUUACUUUGUUCUUGAACAUCUAAUUUAUGAAGUUCUGUUUUUUCGGUUAUA